GUCUCUAGAUCUAUAACUGCUCACGAAACAUAGAGUAAGAAAUGGCUGAGACCAAAGAAACUCUUGUUGUGAAUGGAUCAGGAGAACAAAAGUCUCCAGUGAGACGCAUGCAUUCAGCCUUCACCGUGAGUGUGACCAAGUCUGAUGCUCCACAUUUUGAUCCUUACAAAACACUGGAAAGAUCCCAGUCCGAAGCUGCUCUUCUGAAAAAUCCACACAGUGCUGCAAAACCUGAGGAUGGAGUGGCAGAAACAUACUCGGAGCAAGAAAUGGGAACUGAUGGAAUGGACUUUGGGGCCCAUAAUGUGUCUGAAUGUUCAAAGGUUUACCUUGAUUUGUCCACUGCUGAGGCCUAUGAAAAUAUUAAUGAGCAACUUCCCUAUCCAACUUCACUGUUUCGGACUGGGUCAGGCAGAUUAUUAGAAACAAUCCCACAGGAUGAGGAACUGCAAACAGACGACGUUCGAUUCAGCCUCAUGGGAGAAAGAUCCAUUUCCACAGAGAGUAAUUCCAGUGCUAGUAGCCUUGAUGAAAGAGCAUCCAAGUCCCACAUGAAAUCCCUAACUAUAAAAGAGGAAUCUUCCAGAUACACAGUCUCCAGUUCAUACUCCAAGGUUGGCAAGAGGUCUCCUGACUACACAACUAAAGCAAAAACUAACAUGAAAUCCACCUUCCAGGCUUUCUCCUUAAACAUUAAGCAGAAAAUUAAGCAACUUCAGAUGGGAUCUGUUCAAGAGCAGAUUCAAUCCAUGAGAGAGAUCAGUGUGAUCAUAGAUCAAGCCUGGGCCAUACCAAGUUUUGGCAGAGACUUGGCUUAUGGAUUGUGUGAUAUUCUGAGGAAUGAAAAAGCACUUGAUAUCAUUGUCAAGAAUUGUGCCUCCCCCUCUAGUGAUCUGAUGAAAGCCUCAGCAAAGCUGCUUGAUAAAAUCCUGACCACUGGUAAUAGGAAGAGAGUAUCAGAAAUAGGACUUGACAUUGUGGUCAAAAUGGCUGUUUCGUCUAAAGGGGAAACUGAAAUGGCCCGUGUUGUCACUGGUAUAUUGGAGAGUCUCUUUAAGAUAUCAGAAGAUGUUUGUGCUAAGCUGAUAUCCUUGGGAGGGUUAGACGUUAUCGUGUUUUGGUGUAGAAGUAACGACCGUUCCACCCUCAGGCAUUGUUCCAUGGCGGUAGCCAACAUGGCCUUGUAUGGAGGAAGG